AUGAUGAAGGGAGUGGUGAUUUGUUUAUCAGUGUCAGUGGUGUUGCUGCUGUGGAGCGGGUGUGAUGCAUACUCAAAAACGACUGUAUCAGUUGUGAAUGAAAUAGCAGAUGAUACGAUUACAUCUCACUGUUACUCGGGAGACGACGAUCUGGGAUACCACAAGCUGGCGUAUAAGCAGAUGAUGUCGUGGUCCUUCCGUUACAGCGUGAUCGGAAACACCAAGUUCAUCUGCACCAUCACCACCAAAUAUGGCCAUGGCAGCUAUGUUGCUUACACAGAAGGUAUGAUGGUCGAUCGCUGCGGCCUCAACUGUGUUUGGAAAGUUCAAACUGCCGGCCCAUGUCUGCAGCAAACGCACGAUGCUCCUUGGUGUCAGUCAUGGCAGAAUUAA